ACCUGGUGGAUAUCGUUACGACAAGGAUAUUGGACUAUUACAUUUUGCCAUGUACAGUUAUAUUCAGGGUGGUCGUAAAUUUUAUGAAGUGUUAAGUGCUAAUUUUGAAGGAAUAUUUCCUAGUUGCAGAACUAUUGAGAGAAAAUUAUCCUCGUUUCACAAAUCAGUACCCGAAGGAGAAGUAAAUGUUGCGUUACUUAAAGAAAUUUUGGAUAAACAUAGACUGCCACCAGUCGUUUCCAUUGCGGAAGACGGAACAGCCAUCGUCGGACAGAGAGAAUACGAUAAAAGGACAAACAGAGUCAUUGGAUUUAGUCUUCCGCUGCGAUGCAAUGGAUUUCCCGAUUCGCUAGCUUCUUCUGUCAGGACCGCCGAGGAUAUUGUUAAUUUAUUCGAAAAAUAUGAACGUGCAGCUGUGGUUAUCACUGUUAUGGCGCAAACCAUGGAUGAGCAAAUCCCGGCUAUCCGGAUUGCUUCUUUCUGUUCAAACAACAGAUUUACGGCAGACGAUGUUAAGCACAGGGCUAAUUAUAUUGAAGCCGAACUAAACAAGUUGGGAAUCCGAAUGCUUACAUAUUCCGCAGACGGAGACAGUAGAGAAAUGAAAAUGAUGCGCCAAGUUUUGAAUUUAGGUGCGCUUCCCCCGUCUCUCACGACAAAAAAAGGCAGAAGCGCACAACAAAUAGCUGACGAAACGGGUUGGCUACUGAAACGACAAUGGGAUUUUUUCGCCGCCGAUGUAAUAAACAGUGCAGUGCCAGUACAAGACACAGUUCACAUAGGCGCAAAAUUUCGAACGCGGUUACUGAAAAGAGACCGAGCUACAUUUCUCACAAUAGGUAAAGGGAUUGCUUCGGUGUCUGACCUUGAACAACUCUUAACAGAAGUUACCAAAGGGCAGCACCACUUAAAAAUGGUGAUCUAAAUUUGCACGACAAAAUGAAUUACGAUGCUGUAAGAAGACUGUGUGACCCUUGUGUCACUGAUAUUCUGUGCGACAAAGUAGCAGGUUCAGAAGUAACGUGCUUCUAUCUUAAGCUAAUGAGACUAAUAACAGCAAGUUAUUUGGAUAAAAGCUUAUCACCACUAGACAGAAUAUAUGGAAUAUGGUAUUCUUGUCUCGCUUUACGGUAUUGGCGACAUUGGCUUCAAGAAAACGGAUACAAACUAGAUAUUAAUUUCAUCACCCUCAACGCGUACAUGUGUGUUGAGAUAAAUGCCCACUCCUUAGUCCUCAUAUCAAGGAGACUAAGAGAGAAUGGAACUCCUCAUCUGUUUCGGCCGUGGCAUUUUGGGAGUCAGAGCUGCGAAUCUUUUUUUCGACUUGUCCGGUCGUUGACUUCAACAGAAUCGACCCAAGUAAAUUUAAGUGGAAAAGGUUUUUUCAGUCGUAGCGAGAGAGCGGAUGCCGCAAACCAACUUCUGGGAGAAGGAGAAAACGAUGGAGUUU